AUGGAGAAGGAGGGAGGGCUGCCCGAAGCUGGGGUUGUUAAUCAGCCAUUGCCUUCGGAGGAAGAUAUGGAAGAAGAUUCGAGAAGGAAUGCUCUGGCAGUUUCGGAUCCUAAGGAAACUGUGGAAGCGAAGAAGCAGCCUAAAACGGCUGAGGAGAAGAAGAAAAAGAAGAACAAGGAGAAGAGGGCAGAAGGAGAUGAAGAAGACCAGCCAAGGAAGGAAAAGAAAGAAAGAAAAUCGAGUGAGAAGAGGGAACGCAGGCGGGAAGAGAAGCGCCUGAAGAAGAAGGAAGAAAAGAGAAAGAGUGUUGAGAGCCCAGAAGUCAACGGAGAAUCCACCACCGCAAGGGUGGAUGAGGGUGUGUCAACGCAAUAA